UAAGAAACGUUAGGUAUAUAUAUAAGAGUCACACGGUCUUAUAAUUCAUGUCGUAAUGUGCCGAUCUUUUAAUGAUCUAGUGAUUAAACGCAUUAGUCCACGCUAAAAGGAAAAUAUACAUAAGGAGUAGCUUACGACAGACAGACACCAUGGACGCCAAAGAGUUUAGAAAACGUGGACGAGAAAUGGUAGAUUACAUCGCGGAUUACCUCGAAAAUAUACGAGAACGUGACGUGGUUCACACCGUUUCUCCUGGAUACCUUAAAGAUCUCUUACCAGAAGAAGCACCUAAAGAUCCAGAAAAUUUUGAUGAAGUUUUCAAAGAUAUUGAACGAGUGAUAAUGCCCGGUGUAACGCAUUGGCAUAGUCCAUAUUUCCACGGAUAUUUUGCUCCUGGGAGUUCCUAUCCAUCCAUUCUUGGUGACAUGUUAUCCGAUGCUAUUGGUUGUAUUGGAUUUUCUUGGGUGACAAGUCCUGCUUGUACAGAACUGGAAGUCGUCACCACAGACUGGCUCGGCAAAAUGAUAGGUCUGCCUGAAGAAUUUCUACACUGUACUGAAGGACCAGGGGGCGGAGUCAUACAGUCCACAGCAAGUGAAACAGUCCUUUUAUGUCUAUUAGCAGCGAGAACCCGUAUUGUUAAUAAAUACAAGAAAGAAAAUCCAGAAAUGAACGAAGUUGAGAUCAUGUCAAAACUUGUUGGUUACUGUUCUACACAGGCAAACUCGUCUGUUGAACGGUCUGGGCUGCUUGGAGCUGUACAAAUGGUUAAGCUUAUUCCUGACAGUAAACACAGCGUUCGAGGGGAGACGCUAAGACAAGCUAUAAAACGGGAUAAAGAUAAAGGCAACAUACCAUUUUUUAUCUGCGUAUCUUUGGGAACAACAGGAACAUGUGCUUUUGACAACUUAGCAGAAAUUGGACCUAUCUGCGAAGAGGAAGGUAUAUGGCUACAUAUAGACGCAGCUUAUGCAGGCAGUGCCUUUGUUUGUCCAGAGUUCAGACAUUACAUGAAAGGAAUAGAGUAUGCAGAGACUAUUAGCAUUAAUCCACACAAAUGGAUGUUGAUAAACUUCGACCUAUCCGUAAUGUGGAUAAAAGACAGCACACUAUUAGUAGAUGCUUUUAAUGUUGAUCCAGUUUACCUUAAACACGUGAACCAAGGAAAAGUGCCAGAUUACAGGCACUGGCAGAUUCCACUAGGACGCCGAUUUCGAUCUUUGAAAUUAUGGUUUAUGCUUCGUUCAUAUGGUGUUUCAGGAGUUCAAUCUUACAUCAGGAAGCAUGUUAACUUGGCAAAGCAAUUUGAAAAGUUAGCAAGAGAAGAUGGACGUUUUGAGAUAGUUGCAGAAGUUGUUAUGGGACUUGUUUGUUUUAAAUUAAAAGGUCCAAAUGAACUUAAUGAAAAACUGAUGGAAGAAAUCAUUGAAGACAAGCGGAUAUUCCUCAUUCCGGCAUUUGACAAAAACGUGUAUUUCCUCCGCUUUGCCGUAUGUGCAGAACGUACAAAUUCUAAAGAUGUAGACUAUUCCUUUAGUGUAAUCAGAGAUUGUGCUAAUAAUGUGUUGGCUGUGCAUUCAAAGACUCCAUUGAAACAUACCCCAGUUGUUGUUGAUAUUGACCAACAGCCAAGAUAUAAAGGAAAGAUGAUAAGUCAUAAUCAGGACUUUGACGACGAGAUUUAGACAAUAAAACACAAGGCUUAUUCUAUUCUGUCUGCCUUAAAGAAAUACAUGAAUAGAAUUAAGGACAUUAACAUGUGUCAAAACUUAACAAACGUACUCUAGCAAUUUGAACAUCUUAAUAUGUAAAACAUUUAGAAUACAAACUGUAUUAACAGCUAGAAUAAAAUUGAGAAUGGAAAUAGAAAGUUUACAUGUAGGAGACUCGUUUUUUCCUUAAUGAAAAUCAGUCUCACAAUGGGCUUUUUUCAAAUUCAGUGUGAGUUGUCCCUCACCGGGAAUGCUCAGAGAAGACAGUUUUGAAGCCAAAACAGUAAACGUAUUUAGAGCAAAAACAAAAUGUAGAACUAUAGAACUCUAAAAUCAUGCUGAAUUCAACUAAAUGCCAGGACGAAGUGAAUCUUUUUUUAAGUAUAAUUACAAAAUGUACAAUUUUAUUUUUUUUUGCUUUAAACAUUCACCAAACGAUUUCUUUUGUCAUAUUAUUGUUUAUAAAUCAUGUUGUGUAAGAAUCUUAAGACACACUAUUUUCGCGAAGACAUGAUAGUUGGGACGUAAAACGAUUUACAAGUUCAUGGUAAUUGUUGCUCUAAUUUGACUGGCACUAUCUUAUCUCUAUUCGUGUAGAACGCUGUCAAAAUUGUAUCAUCUGGAUACAAAGUCACGCAUCUUAAAAUCGGUCAUAAUCUUAAGUCGUCCUUAUUGAUAUUGUCUUCAUUUACUAGUCCUCGUGGAACUCUGAUAAAAUCAUUUGUCAAAAUGUAAGUUAUUCAUGAUAUAUUAUUAUAUGCAAUAAAGAAAUUUGAUACUAA